CUCCUCUCCAUACACCAUCAUUGUUGGAUGUCGUUUAGACAUUCCACUUCCCGCUCGUUUAUCCUCUUUUGAUUCUGGCUUACUCAAAGUCUCCCUCCCUACCGUCACCAUCAAGAGGCACAUUCCCCUUGAUUUUACGUUGACAUGAAGCCCACUGUCCUUUUCACACUCCUGGCCAGCGGUGCCUACGCAGCCGCGACGCCCGCCAUUCCAGGUUACUCACCCCGUACCCGCGGCAUGAACCCGCACCAUCACGCCCCCCUCCGCCUCCUCCACACCUUUACCCCCAUCAGCACCUCCGGCAAGAGCUUCCGCCUCCUCGCGUCCUCCACAGAAUCCACCAAAGGCGGGGCGAUUCUUGGGCUCCCGGACAACGACCUGUCCACCGUCCGCACGACAAUCCGUAUCCCCGCGGCCAAGAUGCCCACGGCGGGCCCGACGGCCAACAACACAGUCGGCGAGUAUGCCGCGUCCUUCUGGGUGGGCAUCGACAGCGCUACCGACGCCUGCGGGGCCGGCGGCUCGCUGCGCGCCGGGGUGGACAUCUUCUGGGACGGCACGCUCGGCGGACAGCAGACCCCGUUCGCGUGGUACCAGGGGCCCGGGCAGGCCGACGUAGUCGGGUUUGGCGGCGGGUUCCCCGUCGGGGAGGGGGACCUGGUGCGGCUCACGCUCGAGGCGGGACCUGCGGGCGGGGAGGAGAUCGCGGUGGUGGCCGAGAACUUUGGGCGGAACGUGACCCGUGCCGACGAGGGCGCUGUACCGGUCAGGAAGGUGCGGAAGGUGCUGCCGGCGGAGGCGGGCGGGCAGAAGCUGUGCCGCGGCGAGGCCGCCUGGAUGGUCGAGGACUUUCCGCUCCAGGGCCGGCCCGAAUUCCCAACGGCGCUGGCCAACUUUACGAGCGUCACGUUUAACACCGGGAUCACGCUCGACGAUGGAACGGAGAAAGAUCUCACAGGCGCCGAAGUACUGGAUAUCCAACUCGAAGCGCAGGGCGGACGAUUGACGAGCUGUGAGGUGGUUGAUGAUAGGAACGUAAAGUGCGCAAGGGUGGUGGGCGACAACUAAUAGAUGCAGUUGGUUCUGUUAAGUAAUGUCUUAAUGUAUG